AAAGCUUUUGUUGGAAAAAUACCAAAUAUCUUUCCGUAACUUUGGGUUUUCGGUGAAAUGGAUGCCGUGUGUUUGUUGGUUGAGCAUUUUUAACAACCCACGCGCGGGAGCUCGAAAAAGGCCAAGUGUGAAAUGUCCAAUCACUAUGAAAUUCCUUCGUGGGCCGGCAAGCCUCCCACUGGUCUUCAUCUGGAUGUGAUGAAGGAGGACAAGUUGAUUCAGAAGCUGAUGAUCGAUGAAAAACGGUGCUAUCUAUUCGGGCGCAAUCCUCAGAUGAACGAUUUCUGCAUUGAUCACGCUUCAUGCUCCCGUGUACAUGCUGCAUUCGUCUACCACAAACAUCUUCACAUUGCUUAUUUAGUAGAUUUGGGCAGCACACACGGAACGUUCAUUGGAUCAGUUCGGCUGGAGGGCCACAAACCUACGCAGUUGCAGAUUAACAGUCAGUUUAGUUUCGGUGCUUCCACACGCCAUUACAUUCUCCGCGAAAGACCCACUGUGGGGUCGCGAACAAACAUCAUGGAAGAUAUUCCCAUGAUGGACACCAGUGACGGUACAUUUCUGGGACUACCGGAAAGCCAAACCGAGCUGGAUAAUCUCACCGAGUACAACACGGCGCACAACAGACGCAUAUCCAUGUUGGGAAUUUCUGAUGACAGUGGCACAAGCGGAGGUGCUGGUGGCCCCGGUAGUGCGGGCGUGGUCAGCGGUGGUUCUUAUAAGAAGAACAAAAAACGUAAGCGGAAAGGAGUGGCCUUCAACGAGGAUGAAAUUAUUAUCAAUCCCGAAGACAUCGACCCAUCGAUUGGACGCUUCCGCAAUCUAAUCCAGUCAACCGUGGUACCGGUGUCGGCGAAACGAGCGAAAAUGGAGGGACAAAACAGUAUGGGCAUUAUUACUUCUCCCCCCUGCAGUAUCAAGCCGGCGGGCUUCCCCCUCCAUCCGCAUCAUCCCAUUCAGCCGGGGCAGAGCCAUCAGUCGCAGAGUCUCUACCACGGCAUCGAUCCGUCCGAUGGAGCAUCGUCGUCCGUUGCCGGCCACGAUGGGCGAAGCUUCGACAUGGACACACUGGUGAGUGGUAUGACCACGAAGCUGGGCAUACUGCUUCCCAAUCCGGCGCCAGAUGUGAACCCGACCCCGGCAGCACCCCGUGAAACUGCCGCCGUCGUCAACGUUUUCGCUACAGCCGGACACUCCUCUGCGCCUGGCGGUGGUUUGAAUAGCAACGUCAAUCUGGGCGACAAACCGAACGAGACGUCUGAGGAACCGAAGAAGAAGAAGUACGCCAAGGAACAGUGGCCUGGACGAAAGCCGCUUGGAUUGGGAAGUUUUUAAGGAACUUUUACGAACAUCAUACUUACGUGUACACGGAUUAGCCGUCGCUGUAUGCGUUUCUUCUCGCUAACUCUACCUUAACCCCUUACAAUGUACAGAAGCAUAGGAAGAUGGCUUUUGAAUAAAAGCGUUUAAACACAAUUGCCGGUUGCUCGUUGCUCGGUUGCACGCAUUGCUCGAAUCGGUCCUCUGUGGGGUAAAAUUCGUUUGCCUUUCUCAAGAGAUUGCCCUACGGACAAUAUUAAACGCUGUAGCAAAUGCGUCCUUAUAUUUUUAAAUACCACACUAGAUACAAAGGUCAAUUUAUUUUCCUUCUGUUUGCCAUUACACAUGUCCCCGCUAUGUUCUGCACAGUUACCGCUACGAUUCCUCCACUUACUAUUCUGCUACAUUCACUUAGACGAUUACAACGGCGUUUUAUUUGAUCAACGCUCUCUUGCACAUAAGUUAUACUUUAUUGACAAUUUCUUUAUCUACCGGCAAAACGAAUAAACGCAAUAUCCGAU